AUGAACAUAAACUUGCGGUUAUUUUUCACGAGGAAAAAAACCUUUUGGUGUAAAUCCAUACAUUUAUUUCGUUCAGCUAUAAACACUUCGAAUAUAAUUUACAAACCUUUUGACUUUCGAACUUUAUAUAACUCUUCUAAUAAAACGUCUUCCAAUUUGACGUCUCGUCAACCAAUUCGUAUCAAACAAACCAUUGGUAGACUUUGGCGUUCUCAAUUAACCGUAAUUAGAUUUCCUUCGGAUGAAAAAAAGGAGAUAACUGAUGAAUCAAAAUUGACAUGUGAACAAAUAUCGCUACAUUCUAAUAAAAAAGUUUCAAUUAAUGAUUUAGUUUUAGAAGUAAAAAGACAGAUCACCAGUGCAUUUAUGCCAAAAGGGUAUCCGGAUUCUGUUACUAAAGAUUAUUGGGAAUUUGCAAAGUGGCAAUUUCUUCAUAAUAUAGCGGGAUCAGUUACUGGAGUUUUGUCGACACAGUCUUUGCUAUAUGCUAUGGGACUCGGAUCAACGUCAAUCCCUCUCGCUGCAGCAUUGAAUUGGAUCAUUAAAGAUGGGCUAGGUCAAUUAGGCGGUGUGAUUUAUGCUGCAUCCAUUAACGACCGUUUUGAUUCUGAACCAAAACGUCAUCGCUUUCAAGCAACUGUCGCAAUGCAAUCUGCUUCGUUCUUAGAAUUGUUGGCUCCAUUAUGGCCAGGCAUGUUUCUGCUGAUUGCUUCCAUUUCAAACAUAGGUAAAAAUAUUGCAUGGUUAGCUGGUUCUGCAACAAGAGCACAGAUGCAUAAAACAUUCGCGCUAAGAGAUAACUUAGGAGAUAUCACCGGAAAGACAGGAUCACAAAGCACAGCAGCAGGAACGGCCCUAGGAGUUGCUAUAAGUGCCACAAUUACUAAAUUUCAACCGGAUAUUGCUACUAUAACAUCUUCCACAAUCGCCGCUGUUCAACCGAUUAUUCCAAUUUUUCUUGCAUUUAUCCCGUUUUCGAUUUUUAACAUCUAUGCUAAUUAUAAAUCUAGUCUUUAUGUGACAACCAGGACCCUAAAUAUACCACGUGCAGAAAUGAUUUUAUAUCGCUUAUUAAAUCAACUUGGUGGAGAAACAAGGACAUUGUCGAGAAUCAAGUGUGAUUUAAGAGAUCUCGUUCCAUCACCAAAAGAAAUAUCAGCAGAGGAGAUAUUUGUCAAACGAUAUUAUUCGCCAUAUGAAAUACCAUUGGUAAUAGAACCGGCUUUACAUCAUUAUACAUCUAAAAAAUAUGCACGGGAUUUACAUGCUGCGUUAAAACAAGAAGGGUUUCUUCAUUCUGAGGAAUACUUCAUUUUACAUGUACCUUAUCAUCAUUUGUUUGGGGGCUUAAGAAAAAAGCGACAACUUGUACAACAAAAUCAUCAUCAUCAUAUCCACUUCCCUGGUAACAGACAACAUCUAACAUUAUGGUUUUCGCAAAAAGCAAAUACUAUGGACUUAAUCAAGGGAUUCUAUCAUGCAUGUACAAUUAGAUAUGCUCUGGAGUAUUUUGAUUCUGCCACCUCUGAAGAUAGGAAUCACGUGCUAAAUAUCAUUCAAGAUACUCAUGCUUUAGUGGAGGAUUCCUUUACAGAUCUUAUAAACACGCUUGAAAGCAAAGAAUGGGAAAUUGAACAUCUUUUCUUCACAGAAAAAGAUGAUCAUAGAUUAUUUGUCGAGAAAUAG